UUAUUCUCUUUUGCGUUAGCUUUGAUUGUUUUUGGAUUUAAUCUCCUGUUUAAUCUCAACGUGUUGAUUUUCUAUUUUUCAGGACGCAUGUGACUUAGUUUGUCCUAUGGGGAAGGUUAAACGUGGUGAAGAUGCCGAUUUUGAACUAGCUCUUUCUAUUCAUCGGGAGGAGAACUCUCGUGACACACGUUUCCGAAGCAGAGAGGCAAAAAAUGUGUCUUCUCCUGGUAGUGGAUCUCUGUUGGAACAGUCAUGGAGUAGUGGUACCUUAAAAGGUCAAUACGUGGAGGACGAUAUCGAUCUGAGUGCUCUCCAAAACGUGGUUAUUUAUCACAGAGAAAAAGAGUUCUUUAGUUUCCUAGAUACUGCGAACGAAACAGCAGUUGAUCAGAGGUUUCGCGAUGGUGCAUAUAUUAAUUGUGACUUACGUUACUUUAAUUUACGCUAUCUUCGCGAGAAAUUGGGAAGUUUUGAUGUGGUUUUAGCGGAUCCGCCUUGGCGUAUACGUGGAGCUGAAAAGAAAUGUUCUAGCGAUGGUAUCAUGAACACCAUGUUUAGCAACAGUCGUUGGCAGUUGGAAUAUCGUACUCUUUCGUUUCAAGAUAUUAGAGAUAUGGAUAUUGGUUGUCUUUCAGAUGAAGGGUUUCUUUUUCUUUGGGUUGUCAAGUCACAAGUAGCUGCAGGGUUGGAAUGCCUUGGUAAAUGGGGUUAUGAUUAUGUGGACCUCAUUACUUGGGUAAAGACGAGAAAUCGCAAAUUACAUAUCAGUCAUGGAUAUCAUAUUCUUCAUUCUACCGAAUUGUGUUUAGUUGGUUUGAAAAGUGGACCCAAUACUCGAUUUCGUUAUGUAGGAAAGGUUGCCAACGAUGUUAUUAUUUCGAGUGUUCGAGAACGAAGCAGAAAACCGGAUCAGUUGUAUCAUAUCAUCGAAGCCAUGUUUCCAGGUUCUCAAAAGAUAGAGUUGUUUGCGAGGAACCAUAAUAUUCGUCCUGGUUGGCUUAGUCUUGGAAACGAGUUGGGUGAGAAUUAUGUUUAUUGGCACAACGAGUUUACUUGUGAUCGUUGCCAGAGACGUAUUACGACAGGACGAAGGCGUUACAAGUCACGAAUUAAGGCCAAUUAUGAUAUUUGUGAAAUUUGUUGGCCAGCAUAUUUAUCCGAACAUGCACAAGAUGGAAUAGCAAGUCAAGAAGCUCAUUUUUUUGCUUUGGAAAAUGUUGUCGAGGAGGCUGUUUAUCACGAGUAUUUUGAAUGCAAUAUGUGCAAAGUGACUCCUAUUUGGGGUGUUCGUUUUAGUUGCCAAAAUUGUGAAGAAUAUGAUUUGUGUGAAGCUUGUUUCGAUAAGAGUCUUUUGCAUGAAGAAGGAAAAAAGCAUUCGCUAUUGCAUACUUGGAAAGCUUAUGAGCUUCCUCAGAGUGCGGGCGACCUUCCCGUCCAUCGAGGAGCUCGUUGUCAAGGAUGCUUACAAUAUCCAAUCAUUGGAUAUCGCUUUCACUGUUUGGAAUGUGUUCCUACAGUUGACUUGUGUCAAAAAUGUUUCUUUGCCAUGAAACUUCCGCGUUCUCAUACUUUUCAACAUGAAAUGGAAGCUAUCAUAACUCCUUCUGCCUCAGAGUUUCGUCGACAUACUGCUUGUGCUGGAUGCAAAAUGAAACCUAUUGGAGGAAAUUACUGGAAAUGUGAUAGCUGUUUCAGUUUCGAACUGUGCGAUGAAUGUUAUCAAAACAAAGUAGUUACUUGGAGCUAUCCUGGACAUAAGGCACAUCACAGUUUUUCGAUGGUGAUCCAACAAGAGGGAAAUAGCGCUGCUGCUUUACAAUUGAAAGAGUCUCCCUUGUUAGAACAAGAAACGACUUCACCAGUAGUAACACCCACAUCGUCCAACUGGAUAAACACCCCAACCAACGAAUGACAACUCUAUUCAACGAUGUUCAAUGAAAAAGCCACAAGGUUACAAAUAAAGCUUCUUCUUUUCGA